AUGGCUCCCAACGGCACAACACAACCAGAUCGCACCCACUUCCAAACAUCCGACAACAUAUCGCACAUCUGGACCGGCCUCGGCCUCCCUAACAGCGCCCUCGCUUCACUCAAUCUCCAAGACGACGGCACAGACUACGCCUCCUCCUACAAAAUCGCCGACCUAGCGCAAAGCAGCAUCGCACUCUCAGCGUUAAGCGCCAGCCUCGUUGACUCCCUGCGCCAACCAUCAGGAGCCGUAAAGCGAAUCAAAGCCCCCCGCAGACACGCGUGUCUAGAAUUCCAAACAGAGCGCCUCUUCUCCAUCGAUGGCGACCCUUCUCCGUCCGCUUGGGGUCCGAUAGGCGGCUUGCAUGCUACGGCUGAUGGACAUGUGCGGAUUCACGAUGUCUUUCCGCAUCAUCGGAAUGGGGCGCUGCGGUUGCUUGGGUUGGAUGAGAAGGCCAAUAGGGCUGAUGUCGCUGAGAAGGUGAAGGGGUGGAAGAAAGUGGAACUGGAGGAGGCAGCGUGCGAGAAGAAGUUGGUUAUCUACGCUCUGCGCAGUUACGCCGAGUGGGAUGCUUUGCCGCAUUCAGCGCAGGUAUCUGACUUUCCUAUUCUGCUUCGAAAGAUUGGUGAGCAUGGACCGAAAGGGCUGUCGCCGCGUAUGAAGCCCGGGGCAGAUCGGUGCCUGAGGGGUCUACGAGUAUUGGAAUUGAGCAGAGUCAUCGCAGCGCCCACCGCGGGCAAGACAUUGGCGGCACACGGCGCAGACGUGCUGUGGGUGACUUCGCCCAAUCUUCCGGACCUGCCACAUCUCGACCGGAAUCUGAGCCGCGGCAAGCGCACGAUCCAACUCGAUCUUCAUGACAGCAAGGACGUGGAGAAGAUGCGGGAGCUGGUGAAAGAAUGCGAUGUUUUCAUUCAAGGCUAUCGGCCGCAAAGUCUGGCGGCAAAGGGUUUCAGCGCUGCCGAACUUGCCGCCUUGCGACCUGGGUUGAUCUACGCCAACUUAUCCGCCUUUGGACCUACGGGCCCAUGGUCAGAUCGACGUGGAUUCGACAGCUUGGUCCAAACAUGCACAGGAAUGAACGUUUCGGAAGCCGAGCAUUUCGGUGAGGACGAAGCCGCGCGUGUGAUGCCUGCUCAGGCACUCGACUAUGGCGGCGGCUUCCUUCUUGCGACUGGCAUCUGCGCUGCGUUGUACCGGCAAGCAACGGAGGGAGGAAGCUGGGAAGUCCACGUCUCGCUUGCCGCUGUGUCGAAGUAUCUGAGGAGUCUUGGGCAGCGGCCGGGAAAGACUGGAUUUGGGCACAUAGACCCUGCCGACGACGCUCCGGGGGCGUGGUUUGAAGAGCGAGAGUCGGGCUUUGGUCGCUGUCGGGGUCUGAAGCAUGCCGCAGAUGUGGAGGGGGCAACGCCAGGAUGGGACAUCAUGCCGAAGCCGCUGGGAAGCGAUGAGCCGCGGUGGUUGUGA